AUGUCAACAAUUGAGUCACCUGUGGUCCUGUCGAAGUUUGAUAACGAUGGCCGGUCUCUAUGUAGUGUCUCAGUGGCGUUGAACAAACAGAGAGUAGGCGUGGAAGCUGUGCAUGGCGGUGAGACACUCAAUACAAACUUUUUAUACCUGGAAGACUCUUCGCUUAGAGUUGGAUCGAUGCGAUGGAGUCAAAUUUCUUCCACUGAUACCCUGUGCGUCUUCCUUGGUCUUAACAAUGGUGAAAUAUGGAUAUAUUCCCCUGCGGCAAAUGAGGUAGUUUAUAAAAUGAGCACCGGUAAUUCUUACGAGAUCAAGGACAUGAAAAUCAGUUCUGGAGGUACGAUUUUAUGGUGCAUUGAUUCGGACGAUUUUUUUUACAAAUUUGACCUUACGAAUUUCACACUGAAGGAUCACUUCAAAAUUGAAACGUGCUCCCAGUUGUCAAAGCUGUGUCUAUUACCUAAGGAUAGCUCAAAAAUUUUAGUCGCAUCCUUUACGAUUUUCUUGGUGGAUGUGGAGUCUAGAAAGGUAUCUCAAACUUAUCCCGGUCAUGUUUCACCUGUGACACAUCUUUCCACGUUAAACGACGAUUAUUUUUUAAGUGGUGCAAUCAAUGAUAGGUUCUUGAACAUCUACGACAUUAAGAGUUCUAUGACAAAGAGUGUGUUAGUGCUGCAGUCAAAUUUAAAAGAAGUUUCCAUAUACAACGACGAGUCAGUCGCUGCCACCACGGAAGAUGGUGAUGUUGAAGUCUUUUCAGAUCCUUUGGUGAGUGCCAAUACUGCAAAUAACAAAAGAAGAGGUAAUAAUAAAUCCAAGCAAUCCAAUAAAAAACUUCAUGUUCAGGAGACUCCCACCAAAGUUCUACCAGUGAUAAACGUUUCUAUAAAAAAGGAUAUUUUAACAAUUUGUUGGUUACAAAAUGCAAUAAUACCACAUUUUGAACAGCUAAAAUGGCAAGACUUACCUUUGAACUACACCUUGGAAGUAUCUAGUGAUAAAUCGGGCAUCGCUGGUAAACAUUCUCGCUCCUUGUAUGGAACAGAGUUGUCAGCAAGUAAAAACUACGUGGAAGGAAAUGCAAAGAUUACAUCGGGUGACAACUUUAAGCAUGUUAAUGAUGCUAUCAAGCAAUGGGAGCUCGAAGUUACAGAGCAAGAAAGAAGUAAUGAUCAAGACAGUGAUAGUAACUUGAAUGAAUCCCUGGCAGAUAAACUGGAAGCAGCAAGCAUAUCGCAUGUCCAGAUAGGCAAAAAGAAAAAUUCAACAGCAACAACUGUUGGUACAGUAACAGUUGUGCUGUCACAGGCAUUGCAGGCUAAUGAUCACUCUUUGCUGGAAACAGUUCUCAAUAACCGUGAUGAAAGAGUCAUAAAAGAUACUAUAUUCAGAUUGAAACCGCCGCUAGCUGUCAUCUUACUUGAAAGGUUGGCCGAACGGAUAGCAAGACAAACUCAUCGUCAAGGUGUAUUGAAUGUUUGGGUUAAAUGGUGUCUAAUCAUUCAUGGUGGCUAUCUCGUCACCAUUCCUAAUCUAAUGUCAUCACUUUCAUCGCUACAUUCGACAUUGAAAAGACGAUCAGAUCUCUUGCCAAGGCUUUUAUCCCUCGAAUCUCGUUUGGAAUACGCUCUGGAUAGGUUGAGCAGUGAUUCAUUGCAUGAAGAUGAAGAUAACUUGGAAGAACUACUGGAGGAAGAAUUUGAAGAAGAUGUUGAGUACAACGAAGAAUUGGAUGAUGCAGGCCUGAUAGAAGACGGUGAAGAAGACGAGCAGUUUGAAGACGACGAGGAUGAAGAGAGUGACAAUGAUGACAGCGAAGAAAGAAAAGUCAAUGGAACACGUAGCGACGGGCUGUCCAAAAAUGAAGUAGAUGUUGAAAGUAUCAACAGCGAUGAAGCUGGUUAUAGCGAUGUAGAGAUGCAAUAA